AAAAAAUCUGAGCUUUUAGAUACAUUUUCAUCUGUUAUGCUAUUGGGAAUCACACAAAAGUUCUGACAAGUUGCUUUGUACCACUCAUUCACUAGACUGUUUGGUUACUGAGGAAACUGAAGCAUAGAAAAGUUCAACCACCUCUUUCCCAAUCUUUCAUGCCUUCUAUUAGACUAAACUGCCUGUAUUAUUCUGAUAUGUGUAAAGGGAUAGUCAUGGUGUAUAUUACUGGAAAUUGAGAAGAGUUUAAUGCAACACUACCUUUAAGCCCAUUGAGAAAAUUUUUUUUGCUGAAUGAUGAAAACCUAUACCUGUGUAUGCCUUUAUCUCUUUUUUAAAAUAACAGGUAAAGCAUUAGUUCAGCUAGGGAGAUAGUACUAUCAAAGGAGGAUGUGAUCACAUGUGAAUGCAGGAUUUCAUUCACUAGAGGGAAGAAUUGAGAUAAUUUGGAAAGUAUCUUAAAUUUUGAGUCUUCAGUAGUGUAUUAUGCUAGAAAUGUACAGUAUGGUAUAUUCUUGUCAUACUUUACAGAAUACAUUUUAACAUUGUCGUUAUUGCCACCAUAAAAUAUAAUUUCUUUCUCACAUCUGUGAAAUAGGGACAGAAAUGCCACACAGGAUUAUUCUAAAGAUGAAAUGCGAAUAACAAAGUGCUCAGUUGUUGGCCAGAUACACUCAUUGGUUAAGUGACUUGCUCCCAGACUUCAGCCUUGGGACUAUAAUUCCUGCCUCAGCAAAGUAACAAAUCACCUUGUUGUGGACCUUGGAGGUUGUUUCAGAUUAGUAGAACUACAGAUUUUCACAUAUUGUGGGUCUUUAAUGACUGUUCCGCUAGUGAUCUAAAAUAGCCAAAGGUAAGCCUUUAUUUGAGAGAUGCAUUGGGUAUGAAUUUUUUAAAAAAUUUCUCCACUAAUUUCCACUGGUGGUCUUAGUAUCCUUAAACCCAUGUUUUUACCCUCACUUUCCACGUAACCAGUAGCAUCAUCAGUCAGUUUACAUCUUUUUGUUGAAUCUGUGCUGGAUUCCCAGGUGCCCUCCUGUUUGGCAAGUAAAAGGAACAUUGUGCACUCUGAGGGAUCUGAUUUAAAUGCUGUCUCCUCCUAUGUCUCCUGUUGAAGUUUUAAGCAAAUUGCCUAACUUCUCUUUGCUUAUUCACUUCAAUUUUUAAAGGGGUGUUUUGAAGAACAUCCUGGCCCUUCUAAAAAUAUGAAGAUAAUUAAGCUAAUUUAAUAUUUCCUUUGGCACUAUUUAGAAAGUGUGUUUUCUUGGAGUAUCAUUAUUAUGCAGACACCAAAGCCACAUGUUAAGUCAUCUCCAGAUUUAGGAAAAUAAUCUCUUUCAAUCUUGUGACAUUUUUCUUUAUUCACUGUCCCAUAGUUACUGGUAGCAAAACCAACAGGUACUUUGGCUCUUGAAUAUAAAGUUAUAUUGAGAGGUUUGGUUAUUUCCUGUUUUAAAAAGCCAUCAAUACCAAUUUUUUAACUGAUGAGGGGGGAAAGUCUUAUUUUGCUCCCACUUAAGGAUAACGUGGGUCUUUUUUUUUUUUUUUAAGUCCGAAAUCUCUUUCUCCUUUUCACGUGGAGUUAAGAUCUUUCAGAGAUAGAUGACGAACUAUCAGUACCCUGUGUGACACUUAAGAGUUUAGCCAUUGAUGACUGACUUUGCCUGUGCCUACUGCACUGGCUCAAGUAGACAGAGAAAAAAUCUAUCAGUGGAUCAAUGAGCUGUCCAGUCCUGAGACAAGGGAAAAUGCUUUGCUGGAGCUGAGUAAGAAGCGAGAAUCUGUUCCUGACCUUGCACCCAUGCUGUGGCAUUCAUUUGGUACUAUUGCAGCACUUUUACAGGAAAUUGUAAAUAUUUAUCCAUCCAUCAACCCACCCACCUUGACAGCACACCAAUCUAACAGAGUUUGCAAUGCUCUGGCAUUACUGCAAUGUGUGGCAUCACACCCGGAAACCAGGUCAGCAUUUCUUGCAGCACACAUCCCACUUUUUUUGUACCCCUUUUUGCACACUGUCAGCAAAACGCGUCCCUUUGAGUAUCUUCGGCUAACCAGUCUUGGAGUUAUUGGGGCCCUAGUGAAAACAGAUGAGCAGGAAGUAAUCAACUUUUUAUUGACAACAGAAAUCAUCCCUUUGUGUUUGCGCAUUAUGGAAUCUGGAAGUGAACUUUCUAAAACGGUUGCCACAUUCAUCCUCCAGAAGAUCCUUUUAGAUGACACAGGUUUGGCAUAUAUAUGUCAGACAUAUGAGCGUUUCUCCCACGUUGCCAUGAUUUUGGGUAAGAUGGUCCUGCAGCUAUCCAAAGAGCCUUCUGCCCGUCUGCUGAAGCAUGUAGUGAGAUGUUACCUUCGACUCUCAGAUAAUCCCAGGGCACGUGAAGCGCUCAGGCAGUGCCUCCCUGACCAGCUGAAGGACACGACCUUCGCCCAGGUGCUAAAAGACGACACCACCACGAAACGCUGGCUUGCACAACUGGUGAAGAACCUGCAAGAAGGCCAGGUCACCGAUCCCCGGGGUAUCCCCCUGCCCCCUCAGUGAUCCUCCCCCGCCCCCUUCCACUGCUCCCCCAAGUUGGGGACAGGAGGGGGAACCUGCGAGGAAAACAGCUCAGGUUUUACCGCCGACCGGGAAUAGACAACCUCAACGCUGAACUGCACUGGAGAAGAGGGGCAGGGUGACCCCGCUUGAAGAGUGUGGGCUGCCAUCUCAGGCCGCCUCCAGGACCUGGGCUCCCUCCACUCCUCCCAGGAGAUGGGCUCCUGACACAGCAGUCUGCCACCACAGCUCCAGGAGGGUGUCCACACCAGCAAAUGCUGUGUCUGCAGCAUGCCCGAGAUGGCCCUUCUCCCCCACCUCCACCAGCCACUGGCGGGGAGGGGAGGCAGGGUGGUGGCAGCAGCACUGUAGGCAUGCUGAGCGCCUGGGACCAAGCCAGGUGGCGGUUUUUUAUUUUGCCUUCCUGGAAGACUCAAGAUGUGUCUCUUCAUCCUCUCUCUCAGUAUUUGUUUACUUUGGUCUUUUGUUUUUAAUGUCAGAGAGAGGUGUGUUUAGUGGACACAAGCUGUAAUACUCAGCAAAACUUUGUCAAUUGGCACUGUUUACAAGUCUGUUAGCUGCAUAAGCUUAAUAAAAAGUUGGUCUGGGCAUUACAUCCCCUCUAGCAGGCCAAUAGCUGCAUGAACUGUGGGGAGGAAUGGGAAGCAGGGGAUAGAGAAAGCCAAAGGACAACAGGACCCCACCUCCUCUUUCCGUUCCCUUUCUGUUCUUCCGCCCCCAGUUCCGGAUGCCACAAGGACCCUAACCUUGUUUCUGGCUCCAGCUGCUAGCUUUUCCAAAUCUCAGUGCUUUUCUCUUUUUUACAUCCCUCGUAUUAAAACUUUAACAGACGUCUUAAUUCAUCAGGCUGUCCUGGGAGGGUAUUGUACUGGGGGAGGAGAGACAGCAGUGGACCUCACCUUGAAUUCCAGUCCUUGGAGAGAUUUUCUGGGUGACUUAAAGGGGAGGUGCCUGGGAUCAAGAUGAUAGGCUACUCAAUCCCGUUCUUUGCUUUAGUAUGAGUUCCUGUAGCUCCAUCUGUCUUCAUAAUUGUACUUGAAGUGGUAUUAGCUGAAUGAACUCAUGUUAUUCAGAUUUAAGAUGGAGGACUGGACUCUGCUUCUUCACUUAAGUCUCCUUUUUUUUUUUUUUUUUUUUUUUUGGACACAUUCCCUAUUGGUCUAUGGGAAUUACAGGGUUGACACUAAAAUAUUUCCAGCUUGUUCAUAUUAUGUCAGAGAGUCCCCCUUCUAUCUUUGGAGCUCUAGAUAACUCUUCACACUCCAUUGGCUUGAAUCUAACGUGGUGUAAACUGUCUUGCUUUCCUCUCGUCCUUCCCCCUGCCAACACCUGCUUGCUCUCUCUCAUCCCCAUCUCCAAUCACAGAUGGAAUUACUAGUCAAGUCUAGAGAGAGACAAAGUAUUUUCUGUCCACAUCUUACACAAAUGAAGGUGCCUCCAAACAAGUUGGGCCAGGAGGCGGGGGGGCUGUCUGCAAGCGGCAAGCUCAGAGAAACCUUCGCAGAGACAGUUUUGCCAACAUGAGGGCUCUUUCAAGCCGACUUUCACCAAGAGAGCCGGCCUUGUUAGUUGGCUUCUGUCUCUUUAGAACCAAGAAAGUAGUAAUUGAGUAGCCUAGAUGUAGAAAGGGUAGAAUAAGCACUUAUUCCCCUGCCUUCCAAAAAUGAAGAGGAGAAUCAGGUCAGCUCUCAGUCUCAAGCCUGAAGAGAAGAGGUCUUGGAGAAAGCAGAGAACAAUAUGGACCAGAUAGACGUCUGGACCUCCUUCAGCCCUUAGUUUGUGAUCUGGAGAGUCCAGCUAAGAUACCCUUAUUUUUGCCAACUGCCUUCCUGCUGAGCCAAAGUUUCUCAUUCCCCCUCCACUGAGGAAGCAGCUGAGGCCCAGGGCCUUGCUCCCUGGGAGAUUCUCUUCUCUCUCCAUCUUUUGGUGCGUUGGCCAUGUUACUGUGCCAACAGUGUCUUAAUUCCUGUUCCAUCUAUUCUCAGCUGGUCUUGGACCGCACACAGGAGUUGGGGGAGGGUUGGAAAUGGGUAUUAUUCCUUGUAGUUGAUCCUGAUGCCUUAUGUGUAUAAAGAGACCCCUCCGUUUUUUGUUUUCCAUCCCUCUCACACCCUAACAGGAUUGAAAUAAAACCUGUUUCUGAUUUUAUAAAGAUAAUGUUUCCUUUAAA